CAUUAUUCAACGAUUGAUUCACAACACACGCAGUCACCGACGACAACGACUGCUGCUGCUACAAGCAAUCACCGCACUACGCUGGCCCGCACGACCGUGACUUGCGCACCGCCACGCCCGCCCAGCCAGCCGCACUGCCGCGCCAGGGCUCCACCACGCGAAAGAACGACGACAGAGCAAGGACGCGGUGCCCUGACCCCCGUCGGCCCUCACCAUCUACUGCUGCUGCCCAACGCCAAGGCUUGAAAGUGGCUUGAGGGGCUCGCUCUCCCUCCUCCCUCCUCUCUCGCGCUCUCAUCUUGCUUCUUCCUUCUUCGCUCACCACCGAACAACAACAUAUUGUUAACGCGCGCCCGCCCAGUCCUCGUGCGACAUCGCUUCCCUCCUCGUCACCUCGCACGACUCCACUCGCCCAUCGCAACCCAUCGACUCACCACCCCGGCGCGUCAACCACACAGACGCCCGUUUCGACGUCGGUACCGUGCACCCACCCUUUGUCGACCUGCAUCCAAAGCAUCUCGGCGGCCGGCCUUUGGCGAGAACCACCACCACCACCACAAUCCACGCCACCUUAGCGUGCACCGACUGCUCGCAGUCGACCCAUCUGCGCGACUCUUAGUCAAGACUCUAGCAACAGACACGACCAAUCUCACACACUCACACGCACACCGUCCUUACCAUGUUCUCGUCUCUCAUCGCCGCGGCGGUUCUCCUCCCCGCUGUGGCCAACGCCGCUGGCAAGUCAACAAUCGACCAGAUUGCGGCCAAGUACGGCCUGAGCACAAACUACAACUUCACGCAGCCUACGGAUGCCUUGAAUAGCCAGGCGGCGCAGAAAUUCCUCGUCAGCAACUGGGCGCUCAACGGAGAUCACAUCGACUUUGGCCUUAAUGACAUCUCGUUCGUCAAGGACCCAGCAGGUGACGCCGGCAACGCGGUUCUCUCCAUCAACUACCCCAAGGGCUCGUACUCUGGCCAGACCGGCGGUACCCAGUUCUAUGCCCAGCCUCUGAAUGCCUCGUCGUCGACACCACACCUUGCGGGCAACGCGUCGAGUGACGGCCAGUUUGAGCGCAUGCUGCUCGCGUACGACAUCUACUUUGACCAGGGCUUCCAGUGGAACCUUGGAGGCAAGCUCCCCGGCCUUCGUGGUGGCCCAGAUGUCUGGGGCUGCUCGGGUGGCCACCAGUCGGACGGCAAGAGCUGCUUCUCGACGCGUCUCAUGUGGCGGACAAGCGGCAACGGCGAGGUCUACGCAUACAUCCCGACGACAAUGAAGAACUUUUGCACGCAAAACUCUUACAUCAUCUGCAACAGCGACUUUGGUACCUCGAUUGAGCGUAGCUCGUUCGGUUUCCAGAGUGGCAAGUGGCAGACCAUUUGGCUCUAUGUUGCCCUGAACGAGGUUGGCAUCGCCAACGGCGAGGUGUCGAUCUGGUACAACGGCGUGAACGCGUUCUCGCUCACCAACCUCGAGCUCCGUGCGUCUGGCAGCAUCGAGUCGAUCGGUGGCCUGUACUUCUCGACCUUCUUUGGCGGCUACGACUCGUCAUGGGCGUCGCCUUCGAGCCAGAACUCGUACUACCGCAACAUCAGAAUGAUUGGCGGCCUUGGUGCUGCCAACGGCACUGGCCAGCCGUCGGCCGCACCCACGACCAUCGCGUCGCCAACAUUGGGAGUUGUUUGUGGCGCUGCGCUCGUCUCGGUUCUCGGCCUCGCCUCGUACCUCUUCUAGGCCUUCACCUUCAUUUAGAAUUUCAUUGAUACCCGCUCUUUGAUAGAGAAUACCAUUUGUCACGCUGUAGCCUCAUUAUGUGAUCUAGCAUUGAUGUCC